ACAUAUAGAGUGAAAACAGAAGCUACAAAAUUUGAAAAUUUCUUCAUGUUUUUAAAUUUAUUUUCACAUUUUUUUGGACUUUUUUGCCAAAAUUAAAUUUCAGUAUGAUAUAAAUUUUAAUGAGAUUUAAAGUAAUUGUACUACGAACAUUUGAAUUCCAAAUUCUACGUUCAUAUUACUAAUUAAAUUAACAGCCAAGAAUCAGAAUUUGCCGUGUGAAUAAAGAAUUUUACAUAUAUCUAUGGUUAUUAUAAUGGAAGAUAUUAAGUCAGAUAUAAUAAGCGCAGCAGCUGCUACGCGCAUAAACCAGCUUUUCGCUCCUACUAUAGCUACAUCAAAGUAUGUUUCGGUGUUCCGCAUCGAUGGAGUGCCGAUUAUACCGCCAUUAAUGACCGCCGAAAAGCGCAGACAAAUGCAGAAAUUGAAAGAAAAAGCAAUAAAAAUCGAGCAACGUUUAGAAGAAAAUCGGCUUAGAAAGCAGCGAUAUAAUUUAGAAUACAGCACAGUGCUGGAAGAACUAAAGGAAGACACAGAUGUUCUAGAUAAUAAAAACGAAAGUAGUAGUAACUGCAGUCUAACAGAGCACUUAAUAGAACUCGAUGCUCAACGUAUAGAGGCUGAGAAAUCGUAUAUGUUACUUUCAGAUAUUCUAACACAAAAUGAAAAUGAAGCGAAAUUCUCACCGUCUAGUCAAAAUCGCUGUAAAAUAGCGCGUCAAAGCGCCGGUGAAUCUGGUGAACUUGAUUUAGAAAUGCAACAGACGAACUCUUUGGAAACAAACCUAAUGCAACGUAUGCAAAAGCUAGAAAAAUCAGAAACUUUGAUUUACGACCAUAGUUCUAAUACAAUCAUCAGCCCGUUGACAGAGGAUGAAGAGCAAAUUUUUCAACAACAACAACAGCAAAUAAAUUUGGACCAUUCAGAUGAAAAGCCAAUUGCACAGAAAGUUGAAUUACCAGAAGACGAUGAAAACGCAAAUAUAGAUUGCGUCGCACGUCAGAAAUCGGAUAAGCUUUUAAAGAAAAUACCAUCAAUAUGUAUUGAUCCACCAACACCAAUAAUUAGUACGCGUUCAUUUAUCGAUACUGUUAAAGCACAAGACAGUGUUGACGCGAUAAAUGUAAAUAAACAAGACACGCCAAAAAAAGAUAUAAACAAGUCAUUGCAAGAGGAAAUAAGUUCUGACGAUAGUUCCAACUGUAUGGACUCCACCACAAAUCUUGAGCGUGAUUUGAAAACUCAUCACAAAGUAACUAAUAUCACCAGCAAAAUACUUAAAUUUGAAAAUUUUUCCGUAACAGACACGAAAACGGACAAACCCAAGGGUUCUAACAUUAAGCCACCACAGCGAUCAGCAACAAGUCCAUCCUUGAAACCAUUACUCUCCGAAAGAACACAAGCCAAAAUUAAAUCGCUGGACGUAAGCCCAACAACACAAAGUGAAAAUGGCUUAGUGCGUUCAAACUCCUUCACACUAGACUAUCCCUCGAAAGCAUUAAUUGAACACAUUCGCCAACAACAAGUGCCUAAUGAAAACUAUCCCACGAAACGUUCCAAUUUAUUUUCCAUGAGUGCCACACGUGACACUGUCGAAUCGAAGGCGAAGCGUGUACAAAAAGUCGAUCUCAAACCACGCGCACAACCCAUGCGCCUACAACUGAAGCCUUCUAUCACAAAUAUCACAAGUCCAUCGUCAACACAUUCGUCGGGCAUUAAAAGUAAACGUUCGCCUUAUGAGCAACGGCUCAAUAAACCGAAAAUUGGACGUCAGCUGAAAAAAUCUGUCUCCGGUACAACAACUAUUAAACAAAUGAAAACCACACCCUCCAUGCCAAGCAUACAAACAUCUAAAUUAAACACGGGCGGAAGUGCACGCGAACGCACAACGAGCAGUCAACAAUAUAACGGUAUUGAGGAUGAACACCGUCAAAAGUUUCUCGAGUUAUUGGCACAGCAAAAGCGGGAACAACAACGCAUGCAACAGGUGUUCGAAGAACAACAACGAUUUUUGCUAGAGCAGCUGACAAAUAAAGUAAGCAACGUGCAAAUACAAAAACAUGCUUUAGAGCAUAUGACCAACAAAAGAGUUGAUGACAGCUAUCAUGGCUCGGUAGAAAAUUCACCAACAGCCAGAUCAGACUGUGCCGAGUCCUACACUUUACAGUCACCAACAAUGAGUGCCAACAGUUCGAUUGUAACAAAUUCUUUGGACUUGACGUCCGGUGCCAUCCAGCUACCAUCGCUGGAGCUGUCUAUGGGCUCAUCCACAUUACCGCCGACCACACAAAGCAGCAGUCACUGUACGCCACGACGUCGGCUCUUUUCGCACGAUCUCUCACCCACAACCUCAAACCGGAGCGUAUCAAUUAGUAGCAAUCACGGUGGUUUCACUAAUAGCGUUGGACGCGCGAAUGGCGCAACUAAUGGCAUGUCCAACAGUCGUCUUUACAAUAAUAGUUGAUAACAUUUCAGUGAAAGGAGAAGCUUUUCCAAAACGUUAGAUGAGAAUAAAAAUAAUUUUAAAUAACCAACUCCAUAACGAUGAUCACUAACUGUGUCUUAACUAGUAAACAAUCAACUAAUCACUCAAAUCUAGUUGCAAACUAACAGUACUGUCAUUCAAGCAUGUGCUGGAGUGUUUGGAAACAACAAAGGUUUUGUUGGAAUAAGCACUUGUACAUAUAUUUAUGGUUGACCAUUGAAACAUUUUUGAAUUUUGAAAUUUUUGCAUUUGAAAAUUAUGAAUUAUUUGCCAUUUAUUCAUACACAUGUAUUUUCUUAUCUACAUUACAUACACAACAAGAUUAUAAACAUACAUUUACCUAUAAAUGUUGAAAAAAAACUUCAAUUUUAAUUUCUAUUAAUAUUUCUAACGAUUUAACACUUUCACUCUAAAAUUACAACCACUAAAUUUUACACUAUGUACAUACAUACAUACAUACUUGCGACGAUCACUCAGUGAAUUACCUUGAGAAACAUUGAGAAAUGUUAAAAAAUUAAAGACUAAAUUAGUAAAUAAAAAUUUAAAUUCUCAUACCAAACUCUUUUGCUUUAAAUUUAUAAUAACAACAACACACAUUGUC